AGCAGGACUUAGGCGGGCAUUCUGACACUGGGGGGAACUGACUUGGUGUCACUGACACCCCGUGACACCAAUACAGUGAUCAGUGCUAAUAAAAAGCACUGACACUUUUUUAAUGUCAAAUGGCAGGAAGGGGGUUAACAUCUGGGGUGAUCAAAGGGAUAACCGUGUGCUGUUUUACUAUGAGGCUGUGUGCUGUGUUUCACUGUAAGCACACUGCUUUGUAUGGCUCUGCUAUGCAAAGCAGUGUGCAGUGGCUGACAGAGAUCUGUAUUGUUUACAUAUAGGUCUCUCCCCCUUUGGAGAUAUUCGGCGAUCACCGUGUGCCGGUGAGAAAUCAACGGGCAGGACCGGGUGAUUGACAGCCGAGGCCGCGAAUGGUGGUGCCC